UUAACACACUUAAAGAAACACAAAUUCUUAUCGUCAUGUAUGUCUUCGUGUAGAUACGAUGAUGACUGUGACUGCUUUUAUUACCAACAGUUUAAUUAUUCAUGCAGUUUAUUGAAAUUAAAUGAGUGUAAUAACAUUUUGAAUUCUACAUUACCGGAGAUAAAUGAUACCGCUACCGUACUGAUGGUUCAAGAUGAGAAUGGCAAAAUAAAGAGAAGCAGUGAUUACCAAAAAAUCAACAGCAGUGUGAAACAUCUAAAUAUUACCUUCCAUGAUUGGUUUUGUGAAAAUCUAUGUUCUUUGAGUCUGAACUGCUGUGGUUAUUCUUAUCAGUAUGGCCGGUGUCAGUUACUUGCCAUGAAUUAUUGUUACAAAUCCACAAAAGUCCUCCUCUCUGAUGGAAGCUUUAUUGAUCUAAGUACACCCAUAAAAUGGUUUGGAGCCUAUGAAAUAAUUCUAAAUAAAAAUAUAACUGGACUAAAACACGUACAAAAAGUGAAACGCUUAUCGGAAUGCGUGAGCGCGUGUGGAAACACGAGAGACUGUACCUGCUUAUAUUACCAACAGUCUAAUUCUUCAUGCAGUUUUUUCGAUUCAUAUGACUGUAAUAGAAUUUUAAAUUCUAAAUUACCGGAAACAAAUGAUACCACUACCGUAUUGAUGGUUCGUCAAGAUGGGAAAGGCAAAAUAAAGAGAAGCAGAGAUUACCAAAAAAUCAACAGCAGUGUGAAACAUCCAAAUAUUACCUUCCGUGAUUGGAAUCAAUGGUUUUGUGAAAAUCUAUGUUCUUGGAGUCUGAACUGCUGUGGUUAUUCUUAUCAGUAUGGCCGGUGUCAGUUACUUGUCAUGAAUUAUUGUUACAAAUCCACAAAAGUCCUCCUCUCCGAUGGAAGCUUUAUUGAUCUAAGUACACCCAUAAAAUGGUUAUUCGCUGUACCUGAUAAUGGUGUGACAUCUUCUGGUGAUUUACCUGGAACCAAGGAAAUAAUAAGUACCAAUAGCGUAACUGAAAUACACACUAAACCACAAACCAGUUCUACAAGAGGAACCAGUGACAAAAUUAAAACCACUGCAAUAACACCAGCUUCUUUAGUGACGUCCACAGCACCCAUGUGCUCUUGUGCUUGUGAACAUGCGACACAACAGCCUCCCACCAAGAAGGAGUUGGAAAUUCUUAAGGAUAACUUAAAAAAAGAGCUUGCCGUGGAUAAAAAGAAACUGUCCAAAACAAUUCGAGCCAAAACUAGUGCCCCUGACGAACGACGAUCGGCUCAAGGUAUAGGAUUUAUUGGUGUGAUAUUCCUAUCUGCUGUACCUAUCUUCAUUAUUAUUAUAGACUUCCCUCAACUCUGUGCAGGCAUGAAAACUUUUUGCAGGAAUGUUUCUAGCUUGUGUUCCAACAGAACACCACAUUAGACUUGCAAUGAGGAAUUAUUGCAGAGAGAGAGAGAGAGAGAGAGAGAGAG